UUCACCAUACCUCCAAACCCAAACCCAUCAUCUUUUCUCCACGUUUUCCCAGAAAACUCCAAAACACAGACAUGACGGGUAACACCACAAUGGUGGCCGCUGAUUCCGGGGAUGAUUCAGGAGAGCAGGAGAAUCCCGGCGGUUUUGGGUACAGCAUUGGCUUCUCCAUAGGAAUCCUUUUAAUCCUCGUAGUCGUCACUUAUUUCUCCUACGUUUGCGUUAAAACUCGCCCCGGAAACGCCUCGCGUAGACGCGCCGUCACGGCGGCGGAGGAUGACGAUGAGGAGCGGAUGAGCAGGCGGCGGCUCGGCCUCGACGAAGCUACGUUGGAGAGCUACCCGAAGCUUGUGUACUCGCAGGCGAAACAGCAUGAAGGGGAUUCCGCCGUUUCUUCUUCGGGGUGUUCUAUCUGCUUAGCAGAUUAUAAGGACGCUGAUAUUCUUAGGCUUUUGCCUGAUUGUGGCCAUCUUUUCCAUUCCAAGUGCGUUGACCCUUGGCUCAGGCUUCGCCCUACUUGCCCCAUUUGUCGAAACUCCCCCCUCCCAUCUCCCCUCCCCUCUCCUCUCGUAAGGUAAGCACAGUUCAUCUGGUUAACAAAUCCCGAGAUAUAAUUAAAGAUAUCACGAUCUACCUUCAAUUCGUGAGGAAAGCAAGUUCGGGCACAGUUCAUCUGGUUAACGAAUCUAGAGACAUAAUUAAAGAUAUCACGAUCUACCUUUUUUUACCAAAGCUUUAGGGUAGGAAUUGAGGUUUCUAUUUUUUCGUUUGUUUGUUUAAGGUAUGUUUGCUAU